AUGAAGAUCACGGCGCUGCUGGUGCUCAAAUCCCCUGGCGAUUCCUCCGCCUCCGCCUCCGCCUCCGGCGGCGGGGAGCAGCAGCAGCAGGCCGUGGUGCUGGCCAACGCGUCGGACGUCAGCCACUUCGGCUACUUCCAACGCGCCGCCGCCCGCGAGUUCAUCCUCUUCGUCGCCCGCACCGUCGCCCUCCGCACCCCCGCCGGCAGCCGCCAGAACGUCCUGGAAGAGUACCAAAAAACUUUUGGAGAGUCAUGGAGGACAACCAAAACUGAUGUGACCCAACCUUGGCAAUACUUGGAUGAUGCCCUAACCAAAUACCAGGAUCCUGCAGAGGCUGACAAGUUGUUGAAAAUUCAGAGGGACUUGGAUGAAACCAAGAUUAUUUUGCAUAAAACCAUUGAUAGCGUGCUUGCCAGAGGUGAAAGGUUGGAUAACCUAGUGGAGAAGAGUUCUGAUCUAAGUAUUUCUUCACAGCUGCCACAACACACCAGAUCCGGCUGCCCCUGCUCCAGAUCGACACCACGGACCAGGUUACUGGAACCAAAGUUCUGCACCUCCGUUCCAUGGUGUGUGGCCAGCCAGAGGACAGCAAAUGAAGAUCUAGAAGGGGCAGAGGAGGUUGAUGUGAGGGGGGACAAAAGCGCGGUGGUGGAAAAGGGCACCUGGGACCGAUGCUAUGCUUCGGUCACCCCAUGGGAUAAAAGGGAUCAUGUUUUGGCCUAG